CCCAAUUUGUGAACACUACACUUAAUGAUGAAGUACCUUUUACUAUUCUGUCUUGCGCCUUACCUUUCAAGAUCUCAAGAGGUGCCAACAGAUGCCAACGCAAUCUGGGACUCUGUCGCCGACGGGCAUUACCAAGAAUGCGCAGAUGAGUUUGGGAUUGACAGAGCCAUUGGGAGAGACUUUUUGCGCAACCUUUACUUACCGGACACAAGAGCUUUUCAUUGCUUCCUAAGGUGUUUGUAUAAAAGUACAGACUUUUUAAAUGCUGACGGAGAUUUUGAUAUCGAAGUGGUGGUAUACAAGGCUCACUUUCUGCCUUACGACUUAACGGAGCAGUGUAUCACUGAAAGUCACAUGCAACCAGAUCUCUGCGAUAGGGCAUAUACGGCCGCUGCUUGCGCUGUAUCAGGAUUAUCGGGGAUGGAUCGUGAGGCACUUAAAGUUCCAAGAAAUUAGAUUUUCUUAGUUUUUUUAUAAAUCUGUAAGUUUGGGGUCCAAACUGUAAUAGCUAUAUUAAUUGGUAACGUAUCUGGCUAUGUAUUGUAGGAACUCUCUGUGUAUAUAGAGUGAAAUAAAGGAUAAUAUAUAACAA